AGCUCCAAACACCUCUAUCCCCUCUCCCUCCAGAAGCCUUUGUCCCGCUCCCAUAUGGAUAUGGCACCAAACACAAAAUAUCUCCAAAACACAACUUCCUUGGGACACAGUUCACUCAUCACUCUUCUACUCUGCUGUAUGGCCAUCACCACUGGCAUAUGUUCAUCACCAAACCAACCUCCAACUCUCCCCACACUUUCACUCUCAAACAUCUCACCACUCAAAACCCACUUGCCUUUUCCCUCCUCCAAAUUUGGCGCCAACUUAGUCUCCAACGAUGCAUUGGUCAAUGGAGCUGCCGCGGAGGCAGUGGCGCUGGCACACGCUGUGGCAGAGGUGGCCAGAGAUGCCGCGGCCGUGAGGGAAGGGAUUAGUGAGGUUUGGAGUUGCAAUGAGAGUGGGAAUGAGAGUGGUGGUGGAUUGAUGGCGAGGAGGAAGAAGAGGAGGAGAAGGAGGAAAGGGUUGGAGUGUUUUGAUGAUGAGGAGAGGAAGAGGGAGAUUGAAGAUGAGAGGGUUUCAUUUGGGGUUGUGAGAUAUGGUUAUCUGAGCCCAAGAGAGGAGGCAGAGUGCUGUCAGAGUCUCAAGGAGGGAGCAACACUAGAAUCUGAAAGAACAAGAGUCACAGAAGCUCAAGAGCAUGAGCCAACUUCGAAACAGCUGGCAAAUGUGAUGAGGGUGAAGAUGAGAAGUAUAGAUAAGGUUAUCCGUAACAGAAGAGAGUCACAAGAAAGGAUCAUCAAGAGCUAUCGAGGACUUGUUGUUUCUGUUGCCAGCAGUUAUCAAGGGAAAGGAUUAAGCUUGGAGGACCUCAUUCAGGAAGGGAGCAUUGGACUUCUUCGAGGGGUAGAGAAGUUUGAUCCUGAGAGAGGAUUUAAAUUAUCAACAUAUGUGUAUUGGUGGAUUAGACAAGCUAUCAUCAGAGCCAUAGAAAAGAAGUCUAGAAUAAUCAGAUUACCAGGACACAUUUGUGGAGUGAUGGCAAAAAUCACAAAAGCUAAAAAUUCCUUCAACCAAAGAUUUCACCGGCUGCCUAGUCACGAAGAAAUUGCUGAAAUGGUAAAUAUUCAAGCCUCAACUGUAAGACUUGUUUGUGAGAGGAGCAGACUCCCUCUUUCAUUGGAUCGAGUGGUGACUGAUCAAGGUUGCAUGGCACUCCAGGAUAUCCUAAGAGGGCCGGAUGAGAUGAUGCCAGAAACGAUGCUUAGAAAACAGCUAAUGAAGCAAGAGGUGGAGAAGCUUCUAAAGACGUUGAGUGAUAGAGAAGCAAAUGUAUUGAGAUUACACUUUGGACUAAAUGGAGAGACCCCUCAGUCCUUUGAGGAGAUAGGAAGAUUGUUAGAACUUUCAAGGGAGAGGGUUCGACAGAUCAACGGCAUUGCAUUAUCAAAAUUAAAGCAGACAAGUACUUUGGACAAUCUAAAAUUGUAUAUUGUAUAGUUUUGUAUUAUUUGAUGAACAGAAUAAGAAGAUAGAGAAAUGUAAAUAGUCAAAACCCCAAAAAAAAAAAAAAAAGGUGUAUACUUCUUUACUGCAUCAGUGAUCCAGGACUUUGCUAGAAACUAAGAGGUUCUAUUCCUAUGUUCAAUGAUAGGUGGGGCUUCCAUUAAGAUGAGGCCGGGAAACUUGCCAAUAAUCUGCGAAGUCAAAAUGAAUCCUUGCUUUAAUCCUCCCAACUUGUUCUUUCACUAAAACAGGGGAACGAGUUCUGGUUUUGUCAUGUAGGUUUCUUUUGAAUUUUGGAUCCCCUCCAUGAAAUGUUUGUCAGUUGUCCCAGUCCAUUGAAGAUAUACUCGGUUCAGUGAUAGCAAUACUAUUGCUUCUUGAAUUGUAAAUCAAAUACAAUUGUCAUAUGUCAAUGAGUGUUUAAUGGGUAUCUUGAGUGGAAUAUCUUCUUAAAAUGGAUCAAUUCCUUAGACAACUUGAAGUAAAUCCACAGUUGAACUUCACAAUGUGAUUAAGUUGAAGAAGACAUCCGUGCAACAUGGUUAGCUAAGCUGUAAGCAAACAGUUUGACUGAGACGCAUGACGAUUAACUUGAAAAGGUCUACCUCGGAGGCCAGUUGAGGCUGAUCAAAGGUAAUGGGUGCUCAACAUGGUGAAUAAUAGGAGAGCUAGACCAGUGAUGAAACUCUAGUAAAGUAUCAAAAUGACCGUGGAGGGUGGACUGCCUUUUCUCAUUUCACUUCCAGUAAUGUCAAUGUGUAGUUUCUCAUUUCACCCUUCACCAUCCAUC